UUCAAGGAUUACUUCCUGGAUACUUUUGUUUCUCAAUUACAGCUCAGUCAGUGUCCAUACCAGUGGCGGCUGCUGAGGGGAGGACGGCUCAUAAUGAUGGGUGGAACAGAGCAAAUGGAAUGGCAUCAAACACAUGGAUGUAUUGCUACCAUUCCACCUAUUUAUUUUUAUUUUUUAUUUUACCAGGUAAGUUGACUGAGAACACGUUCUCAUUUGCAGCAACGACCUGGGGAAUAGUUACAGGGGAGAGGAGGGGGAUGAAUGAGCCAAUUGUAAACUGGGGAUUAUUAGGUGACCAUGAUGGUUUGAGGGCCAGAUUGGGAAUUUAGCCAGGACACCAGGGUUAACACCCCUACUCUUACGAUAAGUGCCAUGGGAUCUUUAAUGACCUCAGAGAGUCAGGACAACCGUUUAACGUCCCAUCCGAAAGAAGGCACCCUAUACAGGACAGUGUCCCCAAUCACUGCCCUGGGGCAUUGGGAUAUUGUUUAGACCAGAGGAAAGAGUGCCUCCUACUGGCCCUCCAACACCACUUCCAGCAGCAUCUGGUCUCCCAUCCAGGGACUGACCAGGACCAACCCUGCUUAGCUUCAGAAGCAAGCCAGCAGUGCUAUGCAGGGUGGUAUGCUGCUGGCAUGCUGCUCCAGCUAUUAACACGAGCCCGUCCUCCCCAAUUAAGGUGCCACCAACCUCCUGUGGUCCAUACAUGUACUAACUAGUGGACAUUACAUACUCACUAGACACAUUAUACUGGACUGGACAUGUUAGUAUAAAGAUAUGUUAGAAUAUUUUCUCUGUGGUUCAACAAUUUUCAUUAGUGUGUGUGCAUGCUUGUGUGUGUGUGUGUGUGAACGCAUGCCUCUGUGUGUGUCAGUCUGAACCAGCCACCCAGGGGGUAGGGCUGAUGACAGGAGUACUUAUUGGUUCAGCCAACAGAACAAUCCCAGCUCUUGAUUUUGUGGAGAGGUGGAGAGGUGUGCUCGCUGCUACCUCCUAGUAAUGUCUUUGAGACAAGGACAUAUGGACAAGGACACCACUUCUUCUGAAAACACAGCAGCCUACUGCGAGCUAUCAUAGAUUUCAUAGAGGAAAACGAAGUAUCUGCUGUUCAUUGCAUUCCAAUAACAGAAACCACAAGGGACUACAAGUUGUGGAAUAGGACACUCUUCCAGUGAGUACAGUCACCUAUACCUCACAAUCAGAAGACUACAAUGGCAGUCUCUCCAGUGAUUGGAUCCUUUGUCGCUGCGGACUAUGCUGUCUUUGCUCUGAUGCUGCUGGUGUCUGCAGCCAUCGGGGUGUACUAUGCCAUCGCCGGAAAGGGCCAGAGCAGCUCCAGAGAGUUUCUGAUGGGGGGCCAGAGUAUGACAGCCGUACCUGUGGCUCUGUCCCUGACUGCCAGCUUCAUGUCGGCUAUCACAGUGCUGGCCACCCCAGCCGAGGUGUACCGAUACGGGGCAAGCUACGGCCUCUUCAGCCUCUCCUAUGUGCUGGUGGUGGUGGUCAGCUCAGAGGUCUUCCUCCCUGUCUUCUACAGGCUGGGCAUCACAAGUACCUAUGAGUAUCUGGAGAUACGGUUCAACAGAGCCACCCGUCUGUUAGGGACAGUGAUGUUCAUUGUUCAGACUAUACUCUACACGGGAAUAGUCAUUUAUGCUCCAGCUCUGGCAUUAAACCAAGUGACUGGGAUGGAUCUCUGGGGUGCUGUCAUUUCAACAGGAGUGGUUUGCACCUUUUACUGCGCUAUGGGCGGUCUGAAGGCGGUGGUGUGGACGGAUGUGUUCCAGGUGGGCAUCAUGGUGGCAGGCUUCCUGUCUGUCAUCAUCAGAGCCGUGGUCCUGCAGGGAGGAGUCUCCAACAUCCUCAACCACGCAGAGUUCGGAGGACGACUCAACUUCUGGGACUUUGAUGCUAGUCCACUGAGGAGGCACACCUUCUGGACAAUCACAAUUGGAGGCACAUUUGUCUGGACCAGUAUCUAUGGGAUCAACCAAGCCCAGGUGCAGAGAUACAUCUCUUGCAAAUCCAUGACUCAGGCCAAAAUGUCUCUCUACAUUAACUUAUUAGGACUGUGGAUCAUCAUGCUGUGUUCUGUGUUUGCGGGGCUGUGUCUGUACUCCGUCUACAAGCACUGUGACCCCUGGACAGCAGGCAUGGUGUCUGCUCCAGAUCAGCUGAUGCCAUAUAUGGUGAUGGACAUCCUGAGAGACUACCCUGGACUGCCAGGAUUGUUUGUGGCUGCAGCCUACAGUGGGACCCUAAGCACGGUAUCGUCCAGUGUCAAUGCUCUGGCUGCCGUGACUAUUGAAGACCUGAUCAAGCCAUACACACACAUGUCAGAGAAACACCUGUCCUGGACCUCUAAAGGCCUCAGCUUUCUGUAUGGGGCUCUCUGUAUUGGAAUGGCUGGCAUAGCCUCACUCAUGGGAAGUCUGCUGCAGGCAGCUAUCAGUAUCUUUGGGAUCAUCGGAGGGCCUUUACUGGGUCUCUUCUCGCUGGGGAUCCUCUGUCCAUACGCCAAUGCCACAGGGGGCUUGGCUGGUCUGCUCUCUGGGGUGGUUAUGUCUCUGUGGGUGGGGAUAGGGGCCCAGUUUUACCCUCCUCUACCAAAGCAGAGCAGGCCUCUGGGUCUGACCACACAUGGCUGUAACUUCACAACCGCAGCCGAUGCGUUCAACUGGACCGCAUCCCCAACAGAACCAAGCCUAUACACUACAGUACUACAGCAAAAUACAGCAGAGAGACCCUUCCUGGCUGAUAACUGGUACUCCCUGUCCUAUCUCUACUUCAGUCCUAUUGGGACACUUACAACACUGGCUGUUGGACUGGUGGUCAGUCUACUUUCAGGGGGUAUGAAGUUGAAUUUGGAACCAAGGGUGACUUUGAUGAAAGAAGAUACAAUGUUAUUUUGCUUUUACAAGCUCUUUAAAGAAAGGGCCACGAGAAGAGCAGGAGAGCUGGACCUCACAAAAACCAGAGAGAACAAAUUGGGAAACAAUAACCCCGGCUUCUGCAAUGUCCACGAGUUGGAUUUCAGAAAGAGCAGUCUUCCUACAUAACAUACUGAUAAAACCAUGACUUAACAGUUGCUCUUUCUUCUCAUACUUCUCCCUCCCCAGUGCCGCUGUUUUUCACGUGACUCAUGAAUGUCCUUACAGAUUGUAUCAAUAUCUCAUCUAUAUCCUCAUAUUUCUAUAUACAGUGUCCUCAGAAAGUAUUAUUCCACAUUUUGUUGUGUUACAGCCUGAAUUUAAAAAACUAUUCUCACCCAUCUACACACAAUACCCCAUAAUGACAAAGUGAAAACUUGUUUUUAGAAAAGUUAGCAAAUUGAUUGAAAAUGAAAUACAGAAAUAUCUAAUUUACAUAUGUUUUCACACGUCUGAGUCAAUACAUUUUAGAAACACCUUUGGCAGUGAUUACAGCUGUGUGUCUCUUAGAGCUUUGCACAUCUGGAUUGUUCAAUAUUUGCCAAUAUUUUACAAUUCUUCAAGCUCUGUCAAAUUGGUUGUUGAUCAUUGCUAGACAACCAUUUUCAAGUCUUGCCACAUAUUUUGAAGCAGAUUUAAGUCAAAACAUUCACUGUCUUCUUGGUAAGCAACUCCAGUGUAGAUUUGGCCUUGUUUUAAUUUUUUAAAAUGUAAUUUAUUUAACUAGGCAAGUCAGUUAAAAACAAAUUCUUAUUUACAAUGACUGCCUACACCGGCCAAACCUGGACAAUGCUGGGCCAAAUGUGCUCCACCCUAUGGGACUCCCAAUCACAGCCAGUUGUGAUAAAGCCUGGAUUUGAACCAGGGUGUCUGUAGUGACGCCUCAAGUGCUGAGAUGCAGUGCCUUAGACCACUGCGCCACUCCUGCUGCAAGGUGAAUUAAUCUCCCAGUGUCUGGUGGAAAGCAGACUGAACCAGGUUUUCCUCUAGGAUUUUCCCUGUGCAAAUUAUUUUUUAUCCUGAAAAACUCCCCAGUCUUUACCGAUUACAUACAAGCAUAUGCAUAACAUGUUGCAGCCACCACUAUGCUUGAAAAUAUGGAGAGUGGUACUCCGUAACAUAUUGGAUUUGCCCCAAACAUAACUCUUUGUGUUCAGGACAAAAAGUGAAUUGCUGUGCCACAUUUUUUGCAGUAUUACUAAACCUUGUUGUAAACAGGAUGCAUGUUUUGGAAUAUUUGUAUUCUGUACAGGCGUCCUUCUUUUCACUCUGUCAAUUAGGUUAGUAUUGUGGAAUAACUACAAUGUUGUUGAUCCAUCCUCAGUUUUUUCUUAUCACAGCCAUUAAAUUCUGUAACUGUUUUAGUCAU